AAAAAAAAACCCCAGAGAAAUUAGAGCGUGAGACCAAGAGAGGGAGGGAGGGAGGGCACGCGAAAUCAGCCGGAGCCCCCUCCGCCCCCGAUCGAUCGAAUCGACCACCCCGGCUAUCCAUCGAGCGCCAUGGCCGGCGAGGCCGCCACCGCCCUGCGCGGCGCGCCCGCGGGGGCCGCCGGGCCGUCCCGAUCCCGGUCCCCGCCGCGGUUCACGGCGCUGGAGCUGGCCGCGGCGGAGCAGCUCAUCCACCUCAGCGAGAGCAGCUGCUCCUCCGGCGCCGCGGCCCCGACCCCGCGCGGUGGGGGCCUGCUGCUCCCGGCCUCCGCCGCGUCCGCCGCGUCGUCCUCGACCUCCCCGCGCUCCGUGAACAACGCCCCCCCGCCCGCGGCGCCGCCUGCUGCUGUGGCGGAGGACGAGGAGGACGACGACGAGCAGGAGGUGGGUGGGAGGCGGCGCAGGAACAAGCGCUACCGCCCGAUCGCGGAGAUCUACGCGGCCACUGACCCCAAGCCGAUCGGGCCGCGCCGCAGGAAGGCCGAGGACAGGCCCAGGCCGGCCGCCCCCGCCCCCGCCAAGGCCAAGGAGCUAGGGGCGACCGAGUAGAGAGAGAAGCUGGACUUGUUUGUAAUUAUGGAUAAUUAGUAGGGACUAGCUAGCUUGAUAUACUAUAAGUAGGAGAAUGGUGUGAGCUUGAUGUAGGGCUGUAGUAUGAUCGGGAGCUAGCUUGGGGAUACCUAGCUACUAGUAGAGGAUCAGAUAGAUGCUGGAAUAUUAUUAACUGUAAAUUAUACUGCUGUAUCCGCCGGUAAUAUCCACGAUCUAUCAACUGUCACAGUUUGC